AUAAAUGUCUUAACAGAUUUAAAUAUUUUUUAGUUUUUAUGAAGACCAGAAGUGGGAAAUAGGAAAGGAUAUAUUGGGAUGGAGACUUCAGUAGGAGAGUACUGGAUGCAAAUAAGAGAAAGAACAAGCUAGAUAAGUUGAGAGAUAAAGGAAUAAGAGAGACAGAAAAACUUAAAAGAUAUCAAUGAUGUUUUAUUGUCACAUGACUCCAUGACAGAAGAAAUUCAAUUCAGCAGUGAGAAAAAAAAUUCAAAGGAGGACUCUAAAAUCAGCGAAGAAGAAGAUUUCCUGGGUAACGAUCGAAAAUGCAGAAAUUUUCACUUUAAUUCUGGAAAUCAGUAGUGAAAGAUUGCAAUGUUGAAUCUUGUCUGAGAUAGAUCUUAUUAUUACUUAAAUCCUCCAUUAAUAAAGUUUUUAUGCUGAUUUAAAAAUGAAAAACAGCAGUGAUCAUUCUAUUACACAAAUAAAGUCAUCUAAUGUUUUUAUUUUGCCUAAAACAGAUAUUUGCAAUGAUCUAACUUCAAAUCAUAUAAAACCUGCAGCAAAAGAGAAAUUAGAAAAUAACUGUGAUUAUUCCAUCACUCCAUUUGAAAAUUCUGAUAACAAAAAUAGAAAAAGAAUUAUAGAAUCUGAUCAACCAUGUUUUAAUAAUGAUAGUUGUAUUGUUACAUCCAAAGAUAGAUUUGUGGUUCCCAUGUGUCAAGAUAGUUCAGUUGUCACUUAUCCUAAUAAAUUAACUGUUAGCAUUUCCCAAGAUAAUUCUGUUAUUACUACUUAUCAAGAUAGUCCUGUUGUUACCUCUAUCUUAGAUAAUCUUACAGUUUCUUAUAGUUCUGUAUUUGCAACUGCACUAGACCACUCUGCUUUAAACAAUGCUCCAGAUAAUGGUCUAGAUGAUUUAACUUGUUCUAUUGGUCCGGAUAAUUUGAUUUUUACUGAAAAUAAAAAUGAAGCAAUUUUAAAAAGUAUUGAAAAUUUCAAAGAAAAAAAUGAUCUUAUGCCAACAAUUGUUAUAGAGUCAAUUUUAAAGGAUUCAGAAAACUAUCAAAUUGGUAAUUUGGAGCAAAGUAAUGUUUUUAAGUCAGGAUUUGGAGAUUCAAAAAAUCAUCCAACAAGUAAUAUUGAGCUAAGUAAAGCUGUUGACUCGAAAUUUAAAAGUUCAGAAAAUAGUUUGAUGGAUAUAAAACAAAAUAACAGGUCAAAAAGAAAAAAGGAAAAUUAUAAACAUGAGACAAGCAGUAAAGUAAUACAAACUUGGAAAAAAAGUGAAGUUUUAGAAACUCAGAAAAAGAGUGAAGUUUUAGAAACUCAGAAAAAACGUAAGUGUUUUAUGACUACAACAAAGGAAAUAAAAAGUCUACCUGCUUCUUAUUUUAAAAUGAAUCAGAAUUAUUUUACUAACAGUUUGUUAGAAUGUAAAGUUCAUUUAAAAAAUCAAGUGUGUGAAACACAAAAACAGUUUCCUUUAUUAAGCGAUUCUAAUACACCCAAUAUUCAAGAAACAGCUGAAAUGAUAAGUCCUAACUUUCCUAAAGAAACAAGCAAAACUGUUGAGAGUAUUUUUAACAAACCGAUGAUUGUAAAAAAGAAAAAAAGAAAUAGAAAAACUGAUGUUCUUAUUAAAGUUCCCAGGCCAAGUUGUUCUAUUGAUUUUACAGUAGAAAAAAGUGACGAUGAAGUGUUAAAAAAUCAUAAUACAAAUAAAGUUUUUAGAGUGUUUAACAUCAAUGGUAUCAUAGGAUCAUUGACUAGUAAUGAAAUAAAGACUAAUUUAUCAACUAUAUGUUGUGAAAUGAUAAAUAAUGCAGCUGUUAAAAAAUUAAAACAAUCAGAUCCAUGUAUUCCACCAAUUUGUGCUCCAAAUAGUGAACAGUACAGUGUUAACACAAGUAAAGCAAUCAUUUUACCUGAAACUAGUAAAACCAUUUUAACUAUAAAAUCUUCAGCAGCCAAGGUUAAUUUACCUUUAUUAUUAACAGCGUCAAGCAAAACUAUAUUUCCAAUGCUGCAAUCUUUAGCAGUUACUAAAACCACCAUUUCACCUUUAAUAUCGUCAGUAUCUUGUGACACAGUUGUAUCUACUUUAAUAUCAGCAACACCUAUUGAGACCAUCAUUUUACCUUUGAUAUCUUCUCCUGCUAGCAGGGAAAUGUCACCUUUAAUAUCUCCAAUGGCUUGUGACAGUAUUAUGUCCCUUUUAGUAUCACCAACAGUAAGUGAGAAUGUGGCUUUACCUUUAAAGAUAUCCUCAUCUGGAAUUAUUACAUGCAACGACAAUUUUGAUCUGCAACCUCAAUUGACAAUCUCAUCUGUAAGCAAUGAAACUAUAGUUUCAUCUACAACCUCAUAUGUUGGAAUAUUUAACAGCAAUCCAAUCAUAAUGGAAAAUCUUUACACUGGGGCAGUAAGCAACAAUACAACCAUCUCUAGUUCAUAUUGCAACAUUCUAAAAAAUACAGUUAAUGAAAGUGAAAAUAUAAUUUAUUUUAAAGAUAUUUGUACUACCUCAGGAAAUAGCCUAAAAAGUUUAAAAGUUUUAUAUUCAGAUAGUUGUAACAACUUAAAAAUGAAUUUGUCAACAACUCAUAACCAUCAGGAUAAACACUUCCAAGUUAGUCUUAACCAUCCAUUAAAUAUUCAACCUGUUUAUUUUUCUAAAUGCAGUACCUACCUAGCUAGGAAAAGUUAUGUUAGAGAUGACUUAGAUGUAAGAAAUGAUGUUGACCUCAAUGGAGAAAUGUCGAACAGCAAUGUUUUUGUCACAAAAGCAUUAGGUGAGCAAACCACAUCAGUUAAUAAACCUUAUUUAGUUGAUGAGGAAUGUUUUAUAAAAGUUGCAGGAACAACUUUAAAUGCUAAUUUGUUUUUAACAAAAAAUGACUUUUUAGAAAACAAUAUGAUAAACACAUUAGGCAAGCCUUUAAAAGAAGUUUCCACAGUGAAAGAAGAUUUCACAAUAAAAGCUAAUAUAACUUCUAGUCAAGAUAAAUUGUUCAAUAAUGUUCGUAAGGUUUUAUCUCAAUAUUGCCAACCACCAUUAAACAAAGACAAUAGCACUAAUCUUUUGCCAAAAUUAUCAGCAACAACAUGUGAAGCAAUUAUGUCAUCUACAAUAUCUGUAACAUGUAAUACUAUGAUUUCACCUAAAACUUUAUCUGCGACAUGUGAGUCAACCAUUAUAUCUACAACUCAAUCUGAAACUAGUAAGUCUAUCGUUUCAUCUUCAAAGUCACUAACAACUAGCAUGAAUAUUAUGCUCUUAUCUGCAUCUACAAAGUUAAUAUCCAACUCGAAUCAGCAAUCACAAACACAAAUCUCUUUAGUAAGCAGUGAGGGUCCAAGUUUACCUCCAACCUCAUCUUUUGGAGUAGUUAAUUACCGUGAAAGUGUCAGUGAAGGUUCAACUACUAAUGCAGUUAAAAACAUCUACCCAAUUAUCUCCAGACCAUGUUUUAACAUUGCAAAAAAUGCAAAUAAAACAAGUUCAGCUUAUUUACUGAUAAAAAAUUCAUGUACUUCUCAAAGUACAGUUUUUCAUCACCAACCAAAUAUUUUACUAUCUUCUCAUGGCAUUAUCUCAUCAACACACUUAAGUAAAAGUAUUCAGACUGCUGCAGCCUUAAAUAAGCUUCAAACCAACUUUAAUACAAUGAAACCUAAGGUAACUUCAAACAUGCUUCAAUCUGAUCUUGUUUCAUUAAAACCCAUUGUGGUGUCAAGUAAGCUAAAGUUUGAUCUUGUUACACCAAUAGCUACAGUUGUUUCAAGUAAGCCUCAAUCUUGCUAUAUUCCAAUAAGAUCUACAAUGGCAACUUUUCAAUCUAAUACUGUAAAACCUGUAGUUCCAUCAAGCAUUCUUCAGUCUGGCCUUAUGCCAGUAAAACCUAUAGUUGUAUCAACAGUUCUUCAAUCUGAUCUUAAUCCAGUAAAACUUAUAGGUGUCUCGAACAAGUUUCAAUCUGAGGAGGCUAUAGUAAAACCCAUAGUUGUAUCAAGUAUUCUUAAAUCUGACUAUAUUUUAGCAAGAUCUACUGUUGUUUUAAGUAAGCCUCAAUCUCACUAUAUUGCAAUAAAACCUGCGAUAGCAUCAAAUAUUCUUCAAUGUGAUCAAAUAAAACCUAUAGUUGCAUCAAGCAUUCUUCAGUCUGGCCUUAUGCCAGUAAAACCUAUAGUUGUAUCAAGGGUUCUUCAAUCUGACAGUAUGCCAGUAAAAUCUACAGUCAUAUCAAGCAUUCUUAAAUCUGAUCUUAUGCCAAUAAAACCUAUAGUUGUACCAAACAUCCUACAAUCUGACCUUACAAAAAUGUAUAACACAAAAAAUAAUUCUUUGCAAACAGAUAACAAAAUUGCUUCAGGGAAUUCGUUAGGUAAAGUGUAUUGUGUGGCACCUAGUGUUAUCAAAAACCCUGCAAAUGUUUUGUUCGUUGUUUCAAACAAUCAAUCAGGUUUGUUAAAAUAUGACUUGUCACAAUGUUCAACUGUUUCAUCUAUUUUAUUGCAACCUAUCUCAAAGAUACAAUUAAAUAAAACACAAAAUGUUCAAUCAAGUGUUCAAUUACGCACAAAUACAAAUGUUUCAGAUACAUCUUCAACUAAAGCAAUUUUAGAUAUUUCAGCUACUCAAGAGGUGAGUCAAAAAUACCUUUUAAAUAUUAACAAUCAUAUUAUGUCAAUUUCAAAUAUUCCAUCUUCUACGAUGUCAUCAAAUGCAAACAUUCGCAUAAAUCAAAAACCUUUACCUGCUAUAAUGACACAUAAUGGUCCACCUAUUUUAAUGGCAUCAAGUUCUUCAUCUCUAAAAAUAACACCAAAGAAAACUAUAUCAAUAACUAGUGACAAAAAAUUAGAUAAAGAAUUUAAUAUAUCACCUGUAAAGUUGGCACACAUCAAUGCAAAAUGGGUUAUACCAUCUUCUAAUUUGUCAUCAAACAGUUAUGUUCAUUUCAAAGUUCAAAAAACAAGUUGUUCAACUGUUCUGAUACCAAAUGUUCUACCUGUCCCAAAUGUUUCAUUUGUUCCAAAUGUUCCACCUGUUCCAAAUGUUCCACCUGUUUCAAAUGUUCCACCUGUUCCAAAUGUUCCAAAUGUUCCACCUGUUCCAAAUGUUCCACCUGUUAUGUUCCAUGUUCCACCUGUUAUGUUCACAUCGAAUAGUUAUCUCAAUUUAAAAACAAUUAAACCAUUAAAUUUGAAAAAUGAUCACUUUGUGCCGAUUUCAAUCAAUCAUUCCGUCACCAAAUCAAGUUUUUCAUUGGUUACUUCAUCACCAAAAGGAAGACCUAAAAAAAUAUCAAAAGAUCAGACAGAUCAAAAAACAAGUAUUUCAUCGUUUACUUCGUCACCAAAAGCAAGUCCAAAAAAAAUAUCAAAAGAUCAAGCAGAUCAAAAAACAAGUUCUUCAAAUGUUUUAAUGACAUCAAAUGUUCCGCCUAUAAUGUUAGCACCAAUAAAUAAAUUACAUUUCAACCAAAAGUCAAAAGUAUUGCCUACUGUAAUGUCAUCAAAUUAUAUCCAUUAUUUAGACAAAAGUUCAAAUAGUUUAACUGUUAAGCUGUCAUUUGAAUGUUUAAACAAAUCUGUUCAGUAUAAAAAAUCCUUAAAUAACUCGGUAGUAGUUAAUAGCAAAAAGAUUCUUCAUCCUUCAUCCAAAUGUUCCGUAUCCUCAAACACAUGUGCUGUAAGUUGUCCUUUCACGUCAUCCUCUUUUAGUCAAAGAUCAAGUUUUACAACUUCAGAUCAUUUAUCUGUCCAAUCAUGUUUUACUUUUGCAUCAUGUGCCAUUAAUAGUACAGUUAAUGUUACGAGUAAAACUCUAUCAAAUGAACAAAUGGGUAGCAAUUCUAUCCCAGCAGUUGUUUUAGGUGAACGAGAUAAAAUAUAUCAUUUGAUUGGAAAUAAGCGCAAAAAAUGGUUUUUUUUACCAAACAGUCAAGAAAUGUCUCAAACAUGCUCAUUUCUAAGUUUAAUUGGUCUUGAAAACUGUGUAGAAGAGUUGCUUCAUUAUAAUAGUAAAUAUCAAUUAUUUCCGGAACCUGAUUUUGAAUGUUGCAUUACAAAAGAAAGCCGAGGUCAAUUAAUGGAUGAUAGUCAAACUUUUUUAAAAGAUAACAAUCAUCCGGUGUUAAAUGAUAAUUCAAAUUUUUUGAUAAAAGAUGACAGGACUUCUUCAUUGCAAGAUUCCGAAACUUGUUUAUUAAACGAUAAACGCACUUCUUUAUUUGAAAAGAAAAAAACUUCAAUGUUUUUAUUAGAUGCUACAACUUCGUCAUUUAAAGAUAACAUAACUUCUGUAUUAAAAAGCAACCGAACUCCUAAAUUCCCUGAAAAUCGAUUAACGUCGUUAGAUAAUAACCGAACUCCAUUAUUAAAAGAAAAUCGAACUUUUUUAAGAGCUAAACGAGUUUCGUCGUUUAAAAACAAUCGAACUUCAAACUUAAAAUAUAAACAAACUUCUUUAAAAGAAAAAAGAAUUCCUUCGUUAAAGGAGAACCAAACUUCUAUAUUAAAAAAUAAGGAAACUUUUUUAAGAACUAAACGAACUUCUUCUUUAGAAGAUAAUCGUUUUCCUUUAUUUAAAAAUAAACAAAUUAUUUUAAAAGAAAAACGAGAUCCUUUGUUAAAAAAUAACCGAAUUCCAGUAUUGAAAAAUAAACAAACUUCUUUAAAAGCUAAACGUAUUUCUUCGUUUAAAGGUGAUCGAUCUCCUAUAUUCCAAAAUAAACAAACUAUAUUAAGAGCUAAACGAAUUUCUUUGCCAAAAGAUAAUCGAUCUCCAAUGUUAAAAUAUAAACAAACUUCUUUAAGACAAAAACGGGUAACUUUGUUAAACGAUAACCCAACUCCAUUAUUAAAAGAUAAACAAACUUUUUUAAGCGACAAACAAAUUUCUUCAUCAAAAGAUAAAUACUUAAAAAAAAAUCCUCCAAGUAAAGAUUUUGAAAAAAACAACACUGCCACUAAAAAUUCUAAUAAUAUCAGUAAAUCUGGUUCUGUAGACGAAUCCCAUGAAAAAUAUCCAUUUGGCUAUGUUGACCGAUCUCGCGAACACAUGCAAUAUUUGAUUAAGGAAAUAAAGAGUGACCCUGAUGAGUUCCAAAAUCUGAACAGUUCUGAAUCUGCGUGUAAUCCAAGUCUUUCUACUUCUUCCAAUUUAAACGAAACAAACCCUAAGGAACAAUAUCUUUAUAGCGCCCACAACUCUUUCGAUACAUCUAUUCUCAGAAAGAUAAAAGAAGAAGAAGACUCUUGGGCUAUUAAUUUCCAAGAAAACGAAAUAAUUUCUUCAGAAGGUUUAUUGAUCAAAAAUGAGACCGCGCAAGAAUACAAUAACGAAACUACCACGUCGAGUUUGAUAGGUGGAUCGUUUUUAAGAGAUAAUUACCCAUGUGCGUCUGGUAAAAACUCACAUAAACGUAAAGCUGUUCCAUAUUCAGAGUCUUCGUUAGAUCAUAAAAAAAAAUGUUUUGCUGUAAAAAGCUCGUUAGACUACUUGAAAAAAUAUUCUUCACUUAAUUUAUUCCCUAGAGUAGUAAUCGAAAAAUUGUGACGCGUUUA